AUGGCCCAUCUCGCUGAUACCGGGCAUCAGCCAGACAACUACGCAUUCAAAGUCAUCUACAAGGUACCCCAAAACAAAUCGAAGCAAGUUCGCAAACGACACUUCGCAACGGCGGAAGCUGUGGCAAUCAAAAUCAUCACAACCUACCACUGUGCAAACAAAAGAAGACGACUGACACGCACUCCAAUUGCCUUGGCUCUAACCAACCCUACCUGUGAACUAUAA